AUGCAGCCGGCCUUGAAGAACAAUAUCUACCACCACGUACUCGAAAAUUUUGGCGACUUGUUUGACCUCUUUAGGAUCUUACGAAACUCCUCUGGGGUGACAAAGUCUGACAUCGCACAACAAGAUCGCCACGAUUUUCCUCAUGGCCACAAUAUCUGGCCGCACGCCUAUGGCUCAUGUUCGGUUUUGGAAUGGAGAGGGAAGGUGGCUUUGCGUGGGAUGGAGAUAAGACAACUGUACGAGGCUGUGAUGGCUAUCAUAUCGCCCUUGACGCCACAAGACCGAUACUUCAUCAAACUCGGCAACGCCCAUAGCCUUGACACCCCUCAACAGAAUCCUUCAAUAGCUAUUGAGAGGAUGGCCAAAUAUCUUGGAAUUCUUGAAAAACCCUCAUCGGAAAGUCAACCCGGCCAGCGACAUGCGCGUACACCUUUUCACCCCCAGCACAUAAUGAGGCUCACGUCCUUCCACAUCGUAUGGACAAAUGACAUUUUGGAGCAUCUUGUUGUCAAAGUCUCGAAAAAAAGCAAGCCAUUAAGCUACGUUUUUCAUGACGCAACUGUGCUGAGACAAAUGUGGCUAUACGCAGCUGGGGGCCAGCACCCAUACCGGGAGCUUGCAGAGGAAACCCUCAAGACACUGGGCUUACUCAUGCCCGUCGAGGACCUCGACACAGCCUCGUGCGAGAUGGGGGUGGUGGUUUUGAUUGGCCGGAAUACCGACGCACACUUCACAUCACAGAUGAAAAAAGCUAGCACAACACUAUCGACUCCUCAACAAACACCACCGAGCCGAGCCACCAGAUACACCUACAAUCGUGCGUCUCCCCAGACCAUCCUGGGUUUUUGGCGAGACCGACAGAACCUUCGCGAAUGGUGGACCUUUUGGAUCGCACUCCUUAGGCUUGUUCUUGUUUUGAUUGGCUUUCUCGUCGCCACAGACUCGCUUGCGGUUGGUGUAGGCUCCGUGCUGGAGGCCAAGGAGGCUAACAGAUAUGCCAGCAUUGAAAGUGUUGAAAAUGAGAAAGCUGCCUCUUCGGAGUCUUCGGCAGGCUGUUGUUGUUUGGCCACGACGUUGGACACUAGCGUGUCAUUUGAUGUAUUGGGCACUUCUAACGAGGGUCUUGCUGUUGUUCAACCAACCGAUAUCUUCACAUCUCUUGAGACGCGCGUGGCCAACGAAGCAACUGGCCCAGCAUCCGCUACAAUAACCUCCCCACCACCUGGCCAGAUGUCAUUUUUCUCCGCUGGUAGACCCAGAGACUCGUCAACUACGUGA